CAUCCUGACGUCACACCACUCCUAGACGCCAAACUUCCGCCUGCACCAAUUUGGUCUGCAGAAGAAGACUUCUUACCGACUGCGCAUGCGCGCACAACAUGUCUGCGCUCUUCAGCAAGGACCCUCUGAGCCGCACACUGCAUCCUCCAUCGAGCUGAUGGCCCACAGAAGAGCCGCACACCUUCUUCCCAGAGCAAGCCACUGUGUUUCCAGCCUGUGGGUUCCUCGUCUCCAGAACCGCCCAAACGCCAUCGGGCAAACCGCCUCGAUUCUCCGCCCGAGAAGCCUCCACACCGCCGUGCCGUCGAGGGCGGCCAAGCUGCUGUCGCUGGACGAGCUGUUCUCCAAAAGGUCCCUGCAGCAGCACCUGAAGGAGCUGCAGGCGGAGUACGCAGAGUGCUUGAAGGCCGCCAGCAGCGCCGAGGACGAGCCGAGGGCCGACAGGACAGAGAGGACCAGGGUGUCCCUGCUGGCUCCUCUGGUCCAGAGCAUCAGGGAGCUGGACACCAAGCGCAGACAGCUGGCCGAGACGGAGACCCUGCUGAGCGACGAGGACGCGGCCCUGCGGGAGCUGGCCGAGCUGGAGCACGAAGGAUGUCAGCGAGAGAUUGAGGACCUCAGGCAGAAGAUCCUGGACCAGCUGCUCCCGGAGGAGGAGGCCGAUCUCAGCGACCUGGUGCUAGAGGUGACGGCCGGGGUCGGAGGUCAGGAGGCCAUGCUCUUCACCGACGAGGUGUUCGACAUGUAUCAGGGCUACGCUCGGCACCAAGGCUGGUCCUUCGACAUCCUGGAGCACAUGACCAGCGAAAUAGGGGGACUGCGUCACGCCUCGGCCUCGGUCAGCGGCCCCCAGAGUUACAAGAGGAUGAAGUUCGAGGCCGGAGUCCAUCGUGUGCAGAGGGUUCCCCGGACGGAGAAGCAGGGCCGGAUGCACACCAGCACCAUGACGGUGGCGGUGCUGCCGCAACCCACCGAGAUCUCCUUCACCAUAAACCCCAAAGACCUGAGGAUAGAAACCAAGAGGGCGAGCGGAGCAGGGGGGCAGCACGUCAACACCACCGACAGCGCGGUGCGGAUCCUCCACCUGCCCACAGGCGUGGUGGCGGAGUGCCAGCAGGAACGCUCCCAGAUAAAGAACAAGGAGAAAGCCAUGAAGGCUCUGAGAGCCAAGCUGUACAGCAGGAAGCUGGAGGAGGAGACGAGCCGGCGCUCCAACCAGCGGAAAGUGCAGAUCGGCACCAAGGGUCGAUCAGAGAAGAUCCGGACCUACAACUUCUCCAAGGACCGUGUGACGGACCACCGCCUCGGCACCACGGUGCACGACGUCAGGAGCUUCCUGCUGGGGGAGGACCUCCUGGACCAGAUGAACUCCUGGCUGCAGGAGUUCUCCAACCAGGAGGCGCUGGAGGAGCUGCUGGGGGAGACCCAGCGGGACGGCGCUUGAGGAGUCGGGAUCAGAGAAUGUGGAUGUUGGCAUUUUACUCAACGGAAGAAAAGGUUUAAAUAGAGGACCAUGUCUUGGUUCUUCUGGUAGAAACCUGGAGCUCAUGUGCAGGUGUGACGUAACGGAUCGUAGCGCUACAUGAUACCUUUCUACCUGAACGGGUUCAAGUGGACCUGUGUGCCACGAGGCAGUAAAGAAGUGACUUUAUGACCCAGUUCUCUUUACUCCAACAGAAUCUAAUAAACAACAAUAUUCAACAUCA